ACUGCUUUUUCUUUCCACUCAGUAAGAAAUAAGCAGACAUGCAAUUAAGUCAAUAUUUAUUUAAAAUGUAUUCGCGGAUUUUGGCAACAGUUUUUCUAGUGACCAUUUGUGCGACAUUGAACCAUGGCAAUACAACAGUUGGAGUGACCACAGCACCCACUAUUAGGACGGACGGUUUUUCAGAGGGCAUUUCCGACACGACCGCAGGCUUAAACGAGGUUACUACCACUAUAGUGCAACACUCUUGCAGGACAAAGUUAAAACCCCGUGGAGAAGGAGAAACCAAUACAAAACCAUCCAUUACGAAAAGCAAUGCCGCUCUAUUACUUUUGCUCGGAUUUGGUGGAUUUUCGAUUUUGGUGGCUGCCGCGUACAAAUCGCUCCGGAAGUACGUGUAUCACGACGACCAUAAUCUUGAUACAGUGUUUGACGCCGGUGGGAGGGUGAGCCUCAGUCUCACAGCCGUCACUGUCACCUCACAGCUCCUCUGGCCAGCUGACUUUCUUCAGAGCUCCACACUCACCAGCAAGUCGGGCCUAGGGGGAACUCUUUGGUUUUCGAUUGGCAUUAUUGUGGACAUAUUGCUUUUUCCUGUUUUGUCCAUCUUUUUAAAGACAAGAGCUCCUGGUGCAAAGACCUUCCCACAGAUCGCUUAUGCUCGAUUUGGGGUUGCUGGGCACAUUAUGUUUUGCAUCCUAGCCAUGACCUCCAGCUUAAUCGUUUGCACAAGCAUGCUGCUCGCAGGGAAGAGUGCUCUUGAGGUUCUUACAAAAGAUGUUAACAACGAGUUCAUUUUUCUGGUACUCGCCUUCUUAUUCGGGUCAUAUUGUAUGAUUGGCGGAUUAGGAACGACUUUUUACAUUUCAUACUUUAAUACAGCGUUGACUUUUCUAUCAGUGACAGUAUAUGUCCUGUACACAAGCUACUUUCCCUCUGAGGAAAUAAAAGAAUAUUCGAGUAUGGAGGCUCUUUAUACGGCAGCAGUUUGUGUUGAAGCGCCUGAAACAAACUACGAGCAAUCACACGCAACGUUUCGUACCGAAUCCGGUUUGAUUUAUGGCGUUGUUCUAUUAUUUAUGGCAACAUCAAUUAGUUUCACAGACCAGGCUAAUUGGCAGAGUCGCAUAGCUGCAAAACCGUCUGAAGGAGUAUUGGGAUUUUUUAUGGCCGCAUAUUUGUGGUUAAUGAUAGCCCCUUGUUUGUCUGUCACUGCCACAACCACCUACUUUGCAAUGAGUUUGAAAAACGGUACGCACCUACUGUCAGAGAGUGAAAUUGAUAACGGAUAUAUUACCCCGUUUGUGAUGAAUUUCCUGCUUGGAGAGACAGGCGGCUACCUGCUUCUAACCAUGUUGAUGAUGGCUCUCAUGUCCACCGGGUCAGGGGAAGUGAUGGCCAUCUCGUCCAUUGUAGUCUAUGAUAUCUACAAGACUUACAUUAACCCAUUCAGGCAAAAUCUUUCACCUACGAGUUGUGUCUUGUGUGGAAGACAAAAACAUCUUUCGGAAUUAAAAAUGGACGGAGACUUUUGCACAUGCUCUUCGUCGAUUGGUUGCAAAUCGUGUGAAGUGGACAUUACUACGCGCGCGUGUGUUGGAGUUGAUAAGGUUGCUUACACGUGCAGCGUUCAUGGGGACUACAGACGAUAUGAAGAUGGAUUGAUGCAUUACAAGAGUUGGUGUAUGGUUUGGGUAGUGAUUUUAAUAGUACCCUAUGGAUUGCUGAUUUCGGAGACGAACAUGAAUGUGAACUGGGCAACCCUUGGACUUCAGAUUCUGACAUGCCCGUUCCUUAUGCCGUUGUUUCUCACAAUCACGUGGUCAAAGGCUACGGCAAAAGGCGUCAUUUCAGGUGGCCUGUUGGGCUUAUCCGCAUCAAUUUCUGGAAUGCUCAUUAUGGGGUCGAGAUAUGAAGGCGGACUCUCAAACUUCUAUGUAAACACAGCCCAGGAUUACAGUCUCCUAACGGCAAUGCUGGCAGGGUUCGUUGUAAGCGGUGUAGUCUCUGUCAUCGUUUCCCUGUGCACACAUACUAUUCGUUCAGAGGCUGAUGCUAUUCUAGAAUGGGCGAAAACUAUUAAUAUUGACAACCCCAUCAACCCAUUUCGGCUCAUUUAUGAAGAAGAAUUUGCCAAAGCUGAGGUUGGAGACAUAAUUACGGCAAAGACGAUGGACAAAGUAUUCAGAAAGGCCAAACUCUACGCUGGCGUGCUCGGAAGUAUAAGUUUGGUUAUAUUUGUCGUCGUUAUUCCGGCAAUUGCUCUAAACUCUGGCGUCCUUUCAUUUGACGAAUUUACAGCCUGGAUAAAAGGCUACCAGACCUACUGCUUCAUCUGUACGUUCGUGGUGGUUGUCCUUCCACCAUUCGAAGAAGGCUAUCAAAUUUGGCUCCGCUACCAGAAGAACAAGCGAAAUAAAACGUCGUUGGUAUGCACCGCAAAACAACAAGACUUGAAUGGAGAAAGUUGCAAACUGUAGUUUGAUGGUUUCAUGUCAAGGGAAUAUAUCCAACAUUUCAACAGUAUCAAGGAAAAUAUUCCAUAAUUUUUCAAAAUAUGAACGAUUUAUGAGUGAGAAUUGUGUAGAUAUUAAAGUUGUGAUUUUAACAGAAUGAAUUGAUAGUUUAAGGACAGGACAAGGUAGUAAACGAAACAAAACUUAAACAACUUGUGGCAGCGCGUUGAGUGAGGUGAUCUUUAAAAAAUCGUUAAUAUAAUGUAUGUGAAUACUUCGUUUAAAGGGCAACAAUAUAAAACAUACGACAGUGUAUAAAAUAUUAGGAAUGCCAAUAUAUAUUUGUCUUAAAAUGAACAUUGGUGUAGUUAAAUUUACAUUUUCGUGGCAGCGCCUGCUUUUGUAACAAAACGCUUUGAAAUUUCCCAAUAGAACAAACGACACAAACAAAAAUACACGACUUACGUAGCAUCUUAAGGUAUACGACCCGCAAGUAUAUUAAUUUCGGAUGCACGAAAAGACACAAAAUGAACACUUAACUGUUUAGGCAAUCCAUCCAUAAUUAUUACCGAACAUUUACACUGAUAAAGUUUUAUUUUUAAGCUACACUAAAAUACUCCUUGCAUCUGGUGGGAAAUAAACUCACAACCUUCCGGUCUACAAUUCGAGACUCUAUCGCAGAAAUAUACUUACAUUGUACUGUGUUUGUUAUAUUUAAAAAAAGUUUACAUCAGGAAUCUGGGAUGUAUACGAAGCCAGAGUCUACUACAAGGUAUGACCAUUGUGACUCGCUCACUCACUUAUAAUGUAACAAGCAUAUUUUAUUUCUUUAUAUUCAGCAAGAUAGUCUUAUUUAACAGAAAUAUAGCCAGACAAAUGUAUAUGCCAUGUUCUGCUAGGAGGUAAAGUGGCGCAU